AUGAGCGAUGUGCCGUCUGAAGUCGUGGAAGAAAUGCGGGAGCUUUGUGAAAGUGUACCAGGGCUGGAGGAGAGGUACAAACUUAUAGACAAGAUCGGAGAGGGCACAUUUUCGUCUGUAUACAAGGCAGAAGAUCGAAAUGGGACCACAACGAGUGGAUUUUCGAAUCAUUACUGGAACAAAGAUCAGAAAUACGUGGCGUUGAAACGUAUUUAUGUAACUUCAUCGCCCCAGAGAAUUUAUAACGAAUUGAAUCUGCUUUACAUGUUAUGUGGAUGCACACGCGUUGCGCCAUUGUGCGACGCGAUGAGAUUUCAGGAUCAAGUCGUUGCAGUGCUUCCAUGGUAUCCACACGAAGAGUUUAGAAAUUUUUACCGAGAUUUACCUAUUAAAGGUGUCAAGAAAUAUAUGUUUGAAAUGUUACAGGCGCUGAGUUUCGUGCAUUCGAAAGGCAUCAUGCAUCGCGAUAUCAAGCCCACCAAUUUUCUUUACAAUCCUCAAUUGGGUAGGGGCGUUUUGGUCGAUUUUGGACUCGCUGAAAUGGAACAGAGUCGACGCGUUGAAUCUAAUGGUGGGAAAGAUUUGCGUACGCUAGAGCAUUAUUGUCCGUGCACUCCAGGCGAUUCUCGCCAAAUGAGAGCCGAUCAACAAGCCCUGAGAGGUGCGACGACAGCGCCCAAGAGUGGGCAAAACAAUUUUGUUGAUUUGAGCCAGGGGUUUCCGAAACAUGAGACCAGAAGAAACAAAAGAGCCAAUAGAGCCGGAACACGCGGCUUUCGAGCACCUGAAGUUUUGCUCAAAUGUUCCAAUCAAAAUACUAAGAUUGAUAUAUGGUCGGUGGGCGUUAUUCUCUUGAGCUUUUUGUCGCGAAGAUUCCCAAUGUUCCAAAGUCUUGACGACACGGACUCGUUACUAGAACUCUGUUGCGUGUUCGGGUGGAAAAAGAUGAAAAAAUGUGCUGCAUUGCACGGACUGGGGUUCGAGGUGAGCGGCCUCGACAGAAUCAGCGAAGAUGGGUUUAAAGGUGGGAUUAGCGAAUUUGUGUACACCCUUCUUCAAGCAGAAAUCGAUGCCGGAACUUUUCCAGCCUACUCUGUUGCUUUCGACACGUUUGACUAUCUGCGACACAGCUAUUCCGGAAUGGGAAUAGCGCCAACCCUACCAGAAGCGAACAUAGACGGCGCGAAGUUGGCCAAACUAAAAAAAUAUCACGAAGAAUCAUGGAGCGAUCAUUAUUGGUGCUUCCACCUUUUGGAACAGUGUUUCAUGCUGGACCCACAUAAGAGGGGUACAGCCAAUGAGCUGUUGUCCACACCAUUUUUUGACGAGCUUUUAGACUCUGAUCGCACCGAAAACGAGGAUGAGGAUGAGGAUGAGGAUUUGAACGAGGAAGAAAGCGAAGACGACAACGAAGUUGCCCGCAUUGUAGAUAGCGACGGUGGCGCUUACGACUAA